ACCCUAACCCUAAUUUAAACCCAAAUCUAACCGAACCCUUCUCCGUGCCGGAUCGAUCCAUUCGCUUGAAGAGAGAAGAAAAAUAGGAGAUGCCGAGCGCGGAAGAAGCAGAGCAGGAGCGCGCUGUCUUCGAGGACGAGGAGGACACCGACGACGACGACGAGAGCGACGACAGCGAAGAUGAGGACGACGACGGUGGUGAUGGCCAGGCCUCCCAGGCGACUUUGCCGCCGCCUCCGCCGCUGCAGCCUCAGGCAUCACCUGCGGCUGGCCAUCCGAAUUUUGCCGCCUCCUCCCAACACGCUGCAGACCCUAACUCUGACCCCAAAGCCAACCCCAGUUCCAACCCCAACCUAACCCCCGCCGCUACCGUGGCUUCCGCCACCACCAGCACCGCUACCGCCGCUCCUCAGAAUGGUGCGAUAUCGGUCCAAGUACUAUCCGUCUCCGCCGCCGCCUCUGCCCCCUCCUCCGACGCUGCCCUAUUCAUUCCCUCCUCUUCCUCCGUCCCUGUCAUGGUCUCCGCGGCCUCCGCUUCCGAGGAUAGAAGGUCCCUUGCCGUCGUCGCGUUCGAUGAUUCCCGCCGGCUCUUCCAGCGGCUUUGGACCGACGAAGAAGAGAUCAAGAUUCUGCAGGGAUUCUUCGAGUUCACAUCCAGGCGCGGCACCACCUUUGCCUCACACCAGUACGACACCGGCCCCUUCUACGAGGAGAUCAAGAAGCAGCUCCAAUUUGAGUUCACGAAGAACCAGCUCAUCGAGAAACUGCGCCGGCUGAAGAAGAAGUACCGGAAUUGCGUCAGUCGAAUGCGGUCCAUGGGGAAAGACUUCGCCUUUAAGAGCGCCCACGAGCGGGCCAUCUAUGACAUCGCUCGGAACAUCUGGAGCGCGAGCGUGAAGAGGGCCCAUGAGAGCGACGAUGAGGACUUGAAUACCCCCAACAACACCAUCCCCAACGAGGUCAUCACAGUUCCCAUCAACGAGGGUUCUCUGAGUUCUAAUAGAAGGAUCUCAAGAUCGAGAAGGCGCUUGAAUAGGAGACUCGCGGAAGAGGCAGCUGCAGCAGCACCAGUUGGAGGAGUCGGAACAGAGAAUUCCACUCCUAUGAUGCAAACGCCUUUAGCUUCAGCAUCUGGGAUGCCAAGCAUCAUCGAGGAGACUGUGAAGAGCUGCCUCUCACCUUUGUUUAAGGAGCUGAUAAAUUCUGCUAUUGGAGGGCCUCUUUGUCCAGGACCCAGUGGUGGGACAUCACCAUUCAGCCUGCUGCCCCUGAGCCUUGGGGAUAGUUCUUUGGGGGCCCCAGGGACACCUGUGGAUGACAAAUGGAGAAAGCAGCAGAUUCUGGAAAUGGAGGUUUACUUGAAACGGAUAGAUCUUGUAAGGGACCACAUCAAGGCGACCUUGGAGGAACUCAAGUCUUCAGGGAACUGAUUAGAGGUUCUGCCAGAAAGCUUGCAACUCUUAGUGCUGGAUCCUGUGCUUUGAUUUGUGAUUCUUGUUUCCUUGGACAGUGUUAGCUAUACUGGACUUCAAUGGACUAUGUUUUCGCCUUCUUAUAGUCCCUAAUUAGUCUUAGUUAACUUUGAUCA